UUCCUUAUCCACAGGAGGCUCAGUUGGAAGGACUGCAAGUCCCAGACUGCUCGGCUGCACUGAGCGCCGUCACAAUGAAUAUGGCAGCAGCAUACAGCGACACACGCGGGGCCAUGGAGCGCUCUAUCCGGGAGCGGGUUCCGCCGCUGCUCACGGACCUGUAUCAGUUCACGAUGGCGUACGCGUACUGGCGGGCCGGUCGACACCAGGAGCCCGCCGUCUUUGAGCUCUUUUUUAGGGACAAUCCCUUUGGCGGAGGCUUCUCGCUGUUCGCAGGACUACAGGACUGUCUGCAGUUCCUUCAGAGCUUUUGCUUCACAGAUGAAGACGUGGAGUUUCUGCGCUCUGUCCUGCCCCCCAACACUGACCCCGCCUUCUUCACCUUCCUGAGGGGCUUGGACUGUUCUGGUGUCACCGUGCGCUCAGUGCCAGAGGGGACUGUGGUCUUUGCCCGGGUUCCUGUGAUGGAAGUGGCAGGUCCUCUGGCUGUGGUCCAACUGCUGGAAACCAGUUUACUCUGCCUAGUCAACUAUGCCAGUCUUGUUUGUAGUAACGCUGCUCGGUUUCGUCUGGCAGCUGGCCCCAGCAGGAGUCUACUAGAGAUGGGACUACGUCGGGCCCAGGGACCAGACGGAGGACUCACAGCUUCCAGAUACAGUUACAUUGGAGGUUUUGAUAUGACCAGUAAUGUUCAGGCUGGCUUCCUGUUUGGGAUCCCAGUGGUAGGGACCAUGGCACACUCCUUUGUUACUUCAUUCAGUUCCUUGGAGGAGGUGUGGCCUCAGACACUAAACACAGCCAGUGGAGACCAAGUUGACCUGAUCUCACUGACAAAGGGCUUGCUCAGUCGUGUUUGUGUGCUACUCAGAGCUGAAGCAGGGAAGAUCUGUGAGGGUGAGCUGGCUGCGUUUCUCACUUACGCCAUUGCCUACCCACACAACUUUCUGCCUGUGAUUGAUAGCUACAGUGUUGCCUGUAGUGGGCUUCUGAACUUUUGUGCUGUGGCCUUGGCUUUGUCUGAGCUGGGCUACAGACCCUUGGGAGUACGCUUGGACAGUGGUGACCUCUGCAGGCAGUCUCUGGAGGUGCGGCAUGUCUUCAAACUCUGCAGUCAGCAUUUUUCAGCGUCCACCUUUGAUUCAUUAAUUAUCGUUGGAACCAACAGCUUCUCAGAGAACACCAUGUCAGAGCUCAACAAGAAGGAGAAUGAGAUCGAUGCAGUUGGUGUUGGAACACAUUUAGUAACAUGCACAAAACAACCAUCACUGGGUUGUGUAUACAAGUUGGUGGAGGUCAGAGGGCGUCCCAGGAUGAAGGUCAGUGAGGACCCAGAGAAGAGCACAGUGCCUGGGAAGAAGGCUGUGUACCGCCUGCUUCACACAGAGGGCCAUCCUUUUCUGGAUGUGGUUUGUUUGGCAGUUGAGCCUCCUCCUAAGGCUGGACACCCUUUCAGUUACUAUCUCAGAGAAGAGGACACCUCUCGCUGUGUUACUCCUGCUCAGGUCACCUGUUUACGCCAAGAAGUCUUCACCAAAGGACAGGUCACCUAUCCUGUGUGCAGUGCUAAAGAAACUCGAGCAAAGGCCCAGAGCUCCCUUCAGAUGCUUCACCCUAAAUACAAGAGACUGCAGGACCCAGAUAUUUACACAGUGGCUGUGUCAGAGAAACUCUAUAAGCUGGUGUCUGAAAUCAGAAGAGGCAUUACUAACAACAGCGCCAACUUUCUUUUAUCCAACUGAAAAAUGUGUAUCUGUAAUGUGGUUGUAUUUAUCUCAUGUGCCUUAAAACUACAAUUCUUCUGCAUAGUGACAUGUAGGAAUAUCCUAAACAAGUUGAGUACCUCAUUUUCUAUGUGCCUCAGUAUUGUAAAACUCUAACCUGUUUGACUAUUAUGUAUGCUACUAACAAUAAUCUUACGUUGUGUCAGUAGUGUGGCCUGUUAAAAUUGCAGAUAUUGACUUGAGACCAAUUCACUCUAACUGCUGCAGCCCACAAGAUGACCACAAUCAGCUGACAACAAAUUGGUACUUUCUGCUUUCUGAAUGUAUUGUAUCUUGUGUUUGUAUCUUUCUGAAUACGUUCAUAAAAAAAAAAUAUUAUACAA